AUGCCUGAACUACGUUAUUUAAAGUUAACAAAAUAUGAACGAGCACCGUUUUCAUAUCUAUCGAGUAAUUUGAUGCCUAAUCUUCAUUCAUUAGAUAUAACACUUUCAUUAUCAACAAUUCUUUCGACAAUGAAUUCAUAUUUGAUUUGGUUUCAAAUAAAACGUUUAUUUCUUAAAACAACAGAUUCGGAUAUUUCAUUUUCCAUAUCACAAUUUUUAUGUAAACUGAUCAAUUUAAAACAUUUCGAAAUUGAUAUUCAAAAUGCAACAAAUGUUCCUGAUGGUCAACAAUGGGAAUUACUUGUUUCACAUUUGAUUCGAUUUCAUUUUUGA